AUGACCCUCGAUGAACUCACGCCCUUUGGGAAGCCAAUGCUUAAGCAUUGGCUAUUUGACCCCUCCUACAGAAACCUUAACAAUGGCUCUUUCGGCGCCCACCCCGUCCAGGUCCGUGAUGUACAGCGUGCUCUGCUAGCUAUCGCAGACAAGCGACCAGACCCCUAUAUCCGUGUUCAUCACGCGAAGCUUCUGGAAGAAGCGCGUGAAGAAAUUGGCGUGCUGAUCAACGCCCCGAAAGACGAAUGUGUCUUUGUCAAGAAUGCCACUACCGGCGUAUUCACUGUGCUUUAUAACCUCAACUUCAAAGAGGAUGAGGUCCUUGUCUAUUUCGAACCUAUCUACGGUGCCGUGGAAAUGGGCAUUGUGUCUCUGCAAGAGCAUUCUGCUUUCCAGGCUCGGAAGGUGCCGUUAGAAUUUCCUAUCACUGAGAAUGAGUUGGUGCGCCGAUUCCGCGAAACGGUUCGCAAGGCACGCGAUGAAGGCCUUAAAGUCCGUGCUGCGGUCUUUGAUGCUGUCGUCAGUAAUCCGGGUGUCCGGUUCCCAUUUGAACGGUUUGUGGAUAUUUGCCGGGAAGAGGGAAUUUUGAGUGUUGUCGAUGGUGCCCACGGCGUAGGAAUGAUUGCUCUUGAUAUGAAGAAGCUGCAACCGGACUUUUUCGUGUCGAAUUGCCACAAGUGGCUAUACACACCCCGCAGUGCCGCAUUGCUAUAUGUCCCCAAGCGCAACCAGCACCUUAUGCGCUCAACACUCCCAACAUCAUGGGGUUUCAUUCCAGCACCAACAUCAGCCAAAACAGCAGCUUCAGUCCUCCAAGACAAAAAUGCACCCGUCACUAAGACCCCCUUCGAAGAAUUAUUCCAAUUCGUAGCCACAACCGACGACUCAGCCUACAUCUGUCUUCCCGCUGCCCUCAAAUUCCGCCGUGAAGUCUGCGGCGGCGAGGAAGCCAUCAUGUCCUACUGCCACAAGCUCGCCAAUGAGGCCGCUGACUUGAUCGCCGCAGCCCUCGGUACAGAUGUCAUGCAAGAACCGGACCUCAAGCCCGGACAGAAGAGCAACAUGCGUGAUUGCUGCAUGACCACCAUCCGCCUACCGAUCCGUGUUGCGGAUGAUGGGUCUCCUGGUCAGGGUUCUUGGGUGACACUUUCGUCUCAGAAUGCGCCACUUGCAGCUUCGUUUAUUGAGCAAACGCUCAUGGCGAAAUAUGACACUUUUGUCCCUAUUUUCCGGCACGGGUCUUCGCUGUGGACUCGGAUUAGUGCGCAGGUUUUCGUGGAUAUUAGUGACUUUGAGUGGUUGGCUGGUGUCUUGCGUGAAUUGUGUGAGCAGGUUGCUCGGAAGAACAGAACUAGUAAACUUGCAUAG